CGCGAGUCGUAAAGCGUGUUGUGGGUCUCCAUGGCGACGAGUCUGGUAAAGACGGAGCAGAAGCAGCUUAUGAGCGCAGGUGCUGCUCGGCAGACAGACUGAUACUGUCUGAGUGGGUUUACUUGAUGGUCUUACACGCACCACGCCGCCUGCGCGCAAGUCUCCUCUUCAUCUGAGCAGCGGAGCAAAACAACACAGUCUUCAGCUGGUGAGUUGACAACACACGGUGGCAUCAGUUCUUCCUUCACCUCAUCUUCUCCGCAUCAUCCAUCUCUGUUGUGAGAGGACACGCGUUGGUGCGUGACCCGCUGCUAUGAGGAGUAUUGUGUUGCUUGGAAAUACAGACCAUUUGACCAUGAGUGAAGUGGGUGUCACCAGGUCCCUGGAAGACUAUGAAGAUGACUUUGAAAAGGAUCUGGACUGGCUCAUCAGUGAGGAGGAGCGGAGCGCCGGCCAGGGUUCAGACUUUUACGCUAUUGAGACAGAAAUCGAUAAAGAACUGGCUGAAGAUGAGAAACACCAGAAGUUAAAGAAAAGGAAAGAGAAGGUUGUGAAAAGAGGCAGAAAAGGAGAGGAGAAUGGGGAUGAUGAGUACAGGUGGCCUCCACCCAUGGAACCUCUGGAGUAUGACUCGGACAGUGACAGUCCAAGAAAGCUCUCCUCCUUGGUUCCUCCUCCUCCAGGGAUGGAGGAGCCGACGGAAGAGGAGAGGAAGUACAUUCAGGAGAAGAUCCAAAGAGCUAAUCGUGAGCUGCAGGACCAGGAAGCGCCUGAUCUGAGUCGACGCAGAAGGUUGCAUUUUAAAGAAACUCUGGUGACCAUGGUGGUGCCUCCUGGGGAGCUUGAGAAGGUUGGAGAGGCUGAGAUGGAUGAGGAGGCCACUCAAGCUGAGGUGGAGGUCUCAGGGAAGAUGUCAGAGCUACAACUGUCCCCAGGAGAGCAAAGAGCUGAAGGGCAAAAGGGAAUGAAGGAGGGCAAAGUUCUGGUGGAGAAAGACGGCAAGUUCGACCUGGUGAGCCUGAAAGAGGUGGAGAGUCAAGGGCUUCUCCCUCGGCUCCCAGACAGCUCUCAGGAGACCCCGGGUCCCCGCAGGACGCACCGUGUCAGCUCCUCUCCUUGUUCUGGAGCUUCACCCCUCCAGCAUGGCAGCGCUCAGACAUCCAUGAUGCCUCGACCUCCUGCUCAGCCCAGGCACCGACCCAGUUCAGCCAACCACAGUCCGAGAGUCGGGCCCAGGAGGAGCGCAGGAAGACGGGUGCAGUCGGCCAGCGGGACCCCCUUUCAGGCAACCUACACCCUCACCCCCCAGCAAAAAGAACUGCUUCUCAAAAUAAGAGAGAGGAAGGAAAAGCAGGCCCGAGAGGCGGAGCAGCGAAAACGAGAAGAGGAGGAGCAGAAGAAGCAGGAGAAUGAGCUGGCGUUCAAGGCCUGGCUGCUGAGGAAGAGAGGGCAGCUCCAGGAGGAGAAGAGGAUCCACAGAGCUCGGGAGAUGGAAAGAAUUAACUCCAAGAGGGAGUCCAGUGAUCCUGAGGAGGCCUUCAGAUCGUGGCUGCAGAGGAAACAAGAGCAGCAGCAGCGGGAGAAGCAGCUGGUGGAGCUGCGGAGGCAGGAAGAGGACAGCGGUUAUCUUCUCCGCAGCAGAGAGGAGUGUGAACGUGCCUUUAAAGUGUGGCUGACACGAAAGCGAGCCGAGAAGCGAGCGGAGCAGCAAGCAGCACGGGAACGAUCUCGCAAGUUGGUCCUAGAGGAGCGACGGGCACGGCGCAUGAGAGACCUCAUGUGUUCAGUCAGUGACUCCACUCCUUUCAGAUUCACGGAGUCCUUCAACUAUCGCUUCUGACGUUCCCUUUGUUUUGGGGAGAAUGUCUACCGCUGCUGUUUCUUUACUUGCUUCAUGCACAUUUUGUGUACAAAGUUUACCACAGUGACCUCCAAACACACCGGUGUAGAAACGUCAGGUGUCAAGAAAUGUCUUACCACAGUUUUUAUUGGUUAUUUAUGUUGGUGUUUGUCGUGUGCCGUGAGUGACGGAUGACGUCGUCUUUAAACUACUUCUAUUAAAGCCUU